CUCAUUGUGGCUACGAGUGGUGUAGUGUAUACAUCGUUGCCAUUUUGCUCUAUACUCUAUAGUCUAUACUUCACAUUUAGUGAAUUGUCUUUCAUUUUAUAGUGUUGAAGUUUAGUGUAUGUUUGUAUACUUAAACGAACUGUGGUGUAUCAUGUGUUGCGGUGUUUCUUAACACAAAAGUUUCUUUUUAAUUAAUAUUUUUUAAUUAUAUUGUAUUAAAAAGAAACAAAACAAAAAAGAAAUAAUUGAAAAACAAAUCCAGAAAAGUGUAUUUUAAAAAGUGAUACUUUAUAAAUAAAUAAAAAAUUAUAUAUCAAAAUGGAUGGUGAUAAUUCAUCAACCGCAGCAACAACGACUGAUUGUUGUAGUUCUGCUUCACAACAAUGUUGUGACAGUCAAGAGCAUAUGACAAAAGUGAAAUCGUUAUUGGAUACAGCACUUCGACAACGUUUUGUUACGAGAGAUUUAUACCCGAAUACAGAACAAAUAGUAAAUCACUUAACAAAAUGUAUGCAAUCAGACAGAGACAAAGACAAUAAUAGCAACGACAAUAAUAAAGAAGAGAAUAAAUUAUAUAAAUUAUUACGAUAUGAAGAUGCACCUGAAUAUUUACAAUUUAAUCCAUAUAUACGAAGUGGUUAUAGACAAUUCCUUAAUACUAAAUUAUGUUUAGAAAGUAUAUUCUGGUGGACAAAUGAGACAAUAAAUAUUUGGUCACAUUUAUUUGGAUUUUUAUUAUUUUUUGGUCUCACAAUUUACGAUUUAUGCUUAUUAAAUAUCCAAGCACCAUUAGGUGAUAAAUUAUUAGUAGGAGCCAUUUUAAUAUGUUUUCAAAUCUGUAUGAUUUUAUCAGCGAUGUACCACACAUUUUCAUGUAAAUCCGAGCAUGAUUUUAAUUGCUUAUUAACGUUUGAUUUAUUUGGUAUUGCCAUAUCGUUACUAUCCAUCUACGUAUCAGGAAUUUAUUAUGCGUUUUGGUGUAAUCGGGAUGCACAAUACUUUUAUAUGAUAUCAGUAUCGUUAAUAUUUAUAUUUGCAUUGUCAUUACAAGUGCCACGAUUUAAUGUCAGCUCAAAUGUUAAAAUGCUCGUAUUCGUUGCAUGGGCAGCUUAUGGUGUCAUUCCAACAUUACAUUGGACAUUUGCACAAGGCGGACUUAAAAAUCCAAUGGUUGCUCUACUAUUACCACGAGUAUUAGGAAUGUAUGGUAUAGUUGGUUUAGCAUUUUUAAUAUAUAUUUCAAAGAUUCCUGAACGAUUCCUACCUGGUUACGUUGAUUAUAUCGGUCAUUCACAUCAAUGGUGGCAUUUAUUUGUUGUAAUAGCUUUAUAUUAUUGGCAUAAUUCGGGUAUGAUAUACAUUGAAUAUCGUAUGAAUCACGCAUGUUCUGAUAAUUUGAGGUUACCGUGACACCAAAAAACCAAUCACAAAAUAGAUAUAUUUAAUUAUUAUUUUUAAUAUUUCGA